CAUAUCCGCGUUGUUUGGCGCAUGCGCAGCUCGAACCAGUCGUCCAAUCAGUUAGUUCAGCUGUCAUUCCGCCUCAAACCUCUCGAGGUUGACAGUUGUCUCUGCCAGCAUGGGACUCAUCACAGGACUCAUUACUUUCUUGUACCACUUACCGCAGAUUUACAAAUGGCUGCUGAAGCCGUAUUAUAUCACCUCGGUCCUCAUGACCGUCGCCUUCCUGCUGGUCCGAAAGGCUCCCGGUUUGUGCGAGCACCUGGCGACCCAGCGGGAGGACGGCAACUCCUGCGACUUUGACUGGAGAGAGGUGGAGAUUCUCAUGUUCCUCAGUGCAAUAGUGAUGAUGAAGAACAGGAGAGCAAUCACACUGGAGCAGCACAUGGGCAACUUGUUCCUGUUCAGUAAAGUGGCCAACGUCAUCCUCUUCUUCAGGCUGGACAUUCGGCUCGGCAUCCUUUACCUCGCAUUGUGUGUUGCAUUCGUCAUGACCUGUAAGCCACCACUCUACAUGGGCCCCGAGUACAUAAAGUACUUCAGCGACAAGACCAUAGAUGAGGAGCUGCAGAGUGACAGUCGUAUCACCUGGAUUGUUGAAUUCUACGCCAACUGGUCCUCUGAGUGCCAGUCCUUCGCUCCCGUCUUUGCCGACCUUUCACUCAAGUACAACUGUGCUGGACUCAGGUUUGGGAAGGUGGACAUUGGACGCUAUGGAGAGGUUUCAGAGAGGUACAAGGUGAGUACCUCUCCUCUGGCUAAGCAGCUGCCCACACUGGUGCUUUUCCAAGGAGGGCGCGAACUUAUGAGACGUCCGAUGGUGGACAAUAAAGGCAGAGCAGUGUCUUGGACCUUCAAUGACGAGAACAUUAUCCGAGAGUUUAACCUCAACGAGCUCUUCCAAAAAUACAAGAAGCUGAACAAAAGUCGUGCUUUGAAAGAAGGGGAGCAGAACUACACUCAGCCAGAGGAGGGCAGCGACGAGCUCGAGCCUGAAACCAACAACCCGGAGCAGCCCACAGAGAGCAAGAAAGACCAGUGAAGUGGAGAGGAUGAUUCAGGGUUGAUGCUAGAAUGGAUGGUCCGAGGGAUGGGGGAAGGACCGUCAGAAUUGAUUUUGACUGCAGACACAAAGCUUUUUCUAACGUCAUUGCAUCUCAGCAAUAAGCGUUGAGUCCACAGCUCCACAUCCAGGGGUAUAUGGACUCUGGUGGAAAGCUGACAGAGGGCUCACCACAGUCGGCACAGACCUCGCCGACUUCCCGCCCUCUCUCUGGUUCUCUGGCAUAAGAGCAGAUAAGGGUGGGCCAGUUGGGCCUGCCGGAGGCUGCUUAGGGGCUGUGGGAUAGAGCCAGGCAACUGAGAGUCAAGCCAGGGGUCUGUGUGCACACCAGGUGCCCAUUGCUUGCUGUCCUCCAGUGUCCAUGCACUGGAUGUGGAACCUCCAACAUGCUUUCCUCUUCAGCCCCAGUAAAGCCUUCAGCAAGCCUCAGUGAUCCAGGCUGUGCUCUGCUCCUCCACCAGAGAACCAGAGGGAGAGCAGGGGAUCAGCAGAGUCCGUGUCCAGGCCCGUUAGCCCCCUGUCAGCGUUCCUCAACUGUCCAUAGACCCCUGGAUGUGGAGCAGUCUUUGUCAUUUGUGUUUUUUCAGUUUUCUUUGCAAGGAUUUUGUGCCCCUGCUCUCUGAAUGUUUGUUCACUAUGACCGGACAAACAACAUUUUGUGUUCUAGCCAAUCACAGCACAGUAUGGCGGGACUUGUCCCUCCAGACUAUCCAUUCUAGCAUCAAUUAUGAUUCAGAGAGGGGCUGCAAGUCUUUAUUUUCUUCUGACAUUGCCAUGCCUUACAUUAUUGCAAAACAUUAUGGAAUGAAAAGAGGAAAAUGGGUUUGACACUACUAGAUGUCAUCUCUACACUAUGUCUUUACUGUGGCGAAUAAAUACCCAAAAAAGCUAGACCACAUUUCCCUGGUCUGAGUGGAUAUGAUGCCGUAUGGUGUGGACGCAGCUAUGCACAAGCUAAGCGAUGACUUGGGGACAUUUUAUUACAUUUAUUAAGUUAUUUGAGGGGGAAAAAUGCCUUUUUUUGUAAUGAUUGUUUUUCAGCCACAUCUCAUCACUGCAUGUAAACCCUUGCUGCCUGUAUUUUGUGUGUUUACUGAUGUCUCAUGUUUCAAAACCAAAGUGAAGCUGAAAUUAAAAGUGUGACAAGUAAAGAUUCACAACACAUUGAAUUUUUCAUCAGUUUGACCUUUUUAUUCUGAGAAGACAUCUUUUUAAAAACUCUUUAUAAGGCCAUUUUGGAAAUGUUUUUAAUGUACUUGUUACAGAUAUUUGUGAAACUCGUUCCAUUCAUCACAGCCCACAAUAGCGAUAUUUUAUCUCACAUAGAAGUAUACUCACUGUACUCACAUAGUUUCAAAUUGUUCAGCGGCCAUCAUCCUUGGCCAGAAAGGAAGAAAAGUAACACAGGUUCUCUUUAUCUCUGUACGACGGCUGCCCGUGCCAUUAGUGAUGCUUCUUUUCUUGUUGCCACCCACACAUCAACCAGGUGGGCUUUUGACAAUAUUCUCACAAGUACGCACGCCAGUGAAGCAUUCAGCACGACAAACAAAAGUCACAUGCACACCGAAGACAUAGCCUGGGAGGGUUGAAAAUUCGUAACACGGUCUCUUGGGUUGAACGAUGAUACUUGUGUGCUUCAAGCGUGUACUUCUCCCCCAAAGACGUGCUACAUUCAGCCAGCUUUGACAUUCUACUGCUAACACCGCUGUAGUUCUCGACAGAAAAAAAUUAAAAUAAAUAAAACCUUAACCGUAAUGCCCGAUCGUCAAACACC